GUUUUGUUUGCUCGUUUCAAACUUCAACCUCGAUUAUUUGUCUCCAUUUGUUGGGAAAAAAGCUUUUCUCCAAGUUUAAUUAGUAUGGGGAGAGGUAAGAUUGUGAUAAGGAGGAUCGACAAUUCGACGAGCAGGCAAGUGACGUUCUCGAAGCGGCGGAACGGAUUGUUGAAGAAGGCGAAGGAGCUGGCAAUCCUCUGCGAUGCCGAGGUCGGAGUUAUGAUAUUCUCCAGCACCGGCAAGCUCUAUGAUUUUUCAAGCACCAGCAUGAAGGCGGUAAUUGACCGGUACAACAAAGCAAAAGAGGAUCAUCAGCAACUCUCUAAUCCAACCUCUGAAGUUAAGUUCUGGCAAAGGGAGGCCGCAAUGUUAAGGCAACAACUACAGAGCUUACAAGAAAACCAUCGGCAAAUAAUGGGUGAAGAGUUGUCUGGGUUGAGUGUCAAAGAUUUACAGAACCUGGAAAACCAAUUGGAAAUGAGUCUACAUGGCGUCCGUAUAAAAAAGGACCAAAUUUUGAUGCAAGAAAUACAGGAAUUGAACAGAAAGGGAAAUCUCAUUCACCAAGAAAAUGUCGAACUGUAUAAGAAGGUAAACCUAAUUCGUCAAGAAAACAUGGACUUGUAUAAGAAGGUCUAUGGGACAAGGGAUGUGAACGGAGCAAAUAGAACUGCCCUCCUCACAGAUGGUCUGGGCAUGGGAGAGAACUCACAUGGACCCGUCCAUCUCCAGCUUAGCCAGCCACAACAACAAAACUAUGAAACAUCAACAAGAGCUACAAAAUUGGGACUACAACUUCACUAGCAUCAGCAUCAACUGGUGAUGGGUAUUACUUGAUUUCUAUCAACAGAAGGAUUAUAGUUACAAGAUUACGCUUCUAUUACCCUGAUUUGAUAAAAGCAACAGACCAAUCAAGAAAAAGAGCUUGGCUUGAAACAAGCAAUGAAUUGACAGGUGUGUUAUGAUUAAAGACACCAGCCACUUAUGUAAAUGUAAAAGUUAGAUAUA